AUGUCUGAACAUGAAAUGAUAAAUCGAUCAACACGACAGAAUUUGGAAUAUGAAGAAGAUUCUCAAGCUUCAGAUGAGGAACGUGAUUUUACAAAUGAUGAUAGUACCACAUUUAUGCCUACGGGAGAGAUAGAAAAACUCCCAACACGAAUUUACAAGGACAACAAGUUACCCACAGAUACUAGACAGAGAUUACUACAAACCUUUCCAAGAAAUACAUUUAUCAAGUUUACACCACCACCUAUGGAUAAGGAGUUACUCAAAAGGAUGCAAAAAGAGUCAAAAGACACUGAUAAAAUAUUACAAAGAGUGUCCUACCAAACCUCCUCUUCUCUCAGACCACUUGAUUGUGCAAUCAAGAUGUUGUAUCAGACCAAGCCUAACUCUGAAAACAAGCAAGCACUUGAGGCUUGGGAAUAUAUGGAACUUUCAUUGUUAUCAAUGUGUUCUUUACUAUUGGACUCAUUAUCAUACAUCAGUGAGCAGAGACAGGAACAGGCCAUUAAAUGCAUUAAUCCAGAUCACCAGACAAAAACAGAAGUAGAAACUCUAUUCGCAGACAAACUCAUGGAGCUAGUUAUAGAGGAUGAGGCUUCCAACCAAGGCCAGGUAAUAGGGGUAAGGGCUAUCAACACAUGGGGUCAAGUAACUGGUCAUGUGCACAAACAAAUUGGAACAGAAAUGCAAAUUUUCAUCAGAGCGAUUCUUCAACACAGUCACACCAGUAGAAAAGAUAGGGGCACGACUGAGUCUGUUCUAUACAAGGUGGGUAGAAGUAAUUGGAGAAUCAUGGGCAUCAAGAAUAAUAAAACAGGUUACGAACCAGUCUGGAUAGAACCACCUCUACUGAAACAACAAGACCUGAUUCAACAAAAUAUGUCUCCUCAGGAUCGAACAAAAUUAGAUGCAGAGAACGAUUAUAGAAAUUCUUCUGGAUGUAACUUGCUUCAUUUCAAAGCUCUUUUUGAUACCAAAGCGAACGGUGAAUCACAUCCAGUAAUAGACCUCAGGGAACUGAAUUCUUUUGUAGCACACAAACAUUUCAAAAUGAAAGCUUUAUUUCGCUUUCGAUUUCCACAAUACACGCUAUGCAUUUACAGCAUUGCCUUUUGGGCUAAUGACAAGUCCUCUGAUAUUCACAAAGAUACUAAAACCAGUAAUAGAAACGUUGAGAGCCCAGGGCAUCAUAUUGAUCGUCUACUUAGACAACAUCUUAAUAAUGGCCAAGUCAAGAAAACAAGUACUCGAGCAUAUCCAAAAGGUUUGUGGGAGACUAGAAUACCUGGAGUUCAUAAUAAACAAGAGGAAAUCACAAUUAGACCCAUCAAAAACAAUGGAGUUUUUAGGCUUCAGCAUAAACUCAGUAGAGAUGACAUUCACGAUACCACAAAGAAAGGUAAAGGACAUCCUGAGAGAAUGCCAGAAAUUAAAUGCAACCACAGAAGCAAUCUUUCCAGCAAGGCUGUUUUUGAGAGCCCUGCUCAGGGACAAGAACUUGGUGAUAAAACGGCAGGGAUGAAAUGGACUAGUAUGACUUUCAAGAGAAUGCAAGUUGGGAUGAGGCAUAGUAUGGAAAAGACAAAUAGCCUUUGGAUGAUAGGAAGACCAGCUGGCUCGAGACCACAUAAAUCGGUUAAAAUUAAUGGCAGUAAAGAAAGCACUAGAGAAAUGGGAACAUAUCAGGAAUCAGACAGUUCUGGUGUGAAGCGACAAUAUGACCACAGUAGCAUACAUCAACAAGCAGGGAGAAACAGUAUCACCAGCAUUGAGUUUACUGAUCGAAGAAAUUUGGACAACUUGUCUGUGCAGACAUACCGUCAUGACUGGAUGAUCAACAAGGCAGUAUUCAACCAAAUUCAGCAAAUUUGGGGACCAAUGGAUCUGGAUGCAUUCGUCAACUACAAGAAUUAUAUGACCCCAGCAUACAUAUCGUGGAAACCUGAUCCGAAGGCAAGGAUUUGGGCCAAUCCUCCAUGGAUACUACUGCCCAGAGUAUUGAACAAAGUAAUAAGAGAAAAACUUACAAUAGUGAUAGUAUUUCCACGAUGGCCAUUAGCCCCUUGGUUCCCAGUUCUCCUAUCUCUGUUGGAUGACAUACUUCGAAAAUUGCUGAACAACCCAAUAGUUCCAGGCCUUUCAGAGAAGGCUAUCAGGUUGUAUGAAGCAGCAUAUGACAAAGGAUCUACAAGAACUAUAUCAUCAAACAUUAAAAAAUGGAUAUCUUGGUGCAUUGAACAGAAAGCUGAUCCCAUUACUUGUUCUUUGAAUAACAUUAUUGAGUUUUUCAAUGACCAAAUAGAAGCUGAUAGAGAAUACAAUACCAUUGCUGGAUACAGAUCGGCAAUAAUAUACAAUAAAAACCCACCUCCACCAACUGAUAAUGAAAUAGUCAAUUUGGUUCCAGCCUUUGACAAAGUGCCUUCAGACUUAACUAGAAUUGAUGCAUCAUCCAUGGUGCUCACAGCUCAUGGGGCUAUGUUUAGCAUUAAAAGCCCAAAAGAGCACAAAAUAUCACUUUUCCAUGGGGGUAACAAACCAGCAUCGAAGAAGAUUUAUGUUGGGCACUACUUGGAAUUACCAGAAAUAUCACCACUAGCUGCUGUCAAUGCCCUUUUGAUGCAAACCCAAAACUGA